GUUCUUCUGAAUGGAACAAUGUGACGGUCGGAAGUGACAGCCUUAACAACGCGGGGUUAACGAUUAAGCCAGGUACGGGCCGUUACCGUACAUAAGACAUGCAUACCUGCGCCCACACAGGCUGCAGCACACAUAAUAACCGAGUGCAGGAUAUGAGACAACCGUUGUGUGGCGUUCAGCAGUGCCCUCUGUUCUGUGUCUGUUUUGAGUUCUCUCGUCUCCUCUGUGGACCUCCGCGUUUUAGGAGAACACCGGCCACAGCGCUGGAGGAUAAGUACUUUUCCGCAGUUCAGUAACCUUAUCCAUGCGCUGCAGACCUUUAAAUACUCCUCAUAAAAUAGCCACGUGGUGUAAGGUGAGACCCUCCCAGCCCGGGACACCGACUGGCGCGAGCUAGUCUGAGAGGACAGUCAGAGUGCGUGCAGGACUGCGCUCUAGGAUGACUUUCUGAAAAGAUCUUCAUACUCAAAGUAGGCUACUGGACCUAGGCUACUUCAUUAACUUUUUAAGACCAACGUUUCAAUACCUUUUGGCUACCAGACGUUAUUGACCAGAUUAGGCUAUCAGAGAACAUUGACCAGAUAACAAUUUGUUUGUUUCUUUGUUUUUGCUCUCUUUUUGUAAAACAUAUGUUUCAUUCUUCUAUCCAUCUGUCUACCUUGAGCACGCAGUGAAUGGAGAACAUACUCGAGCUUCUCCCGAAGCACCGGCAAGAUCUCACGCACGCCUUGGGGAGAGCGGCGACUCACACCUGCCUUUGCAGACGCAAGAGUAGCCUAGUUGCGCCCUCGAAUCGUUUUUUUAUUACCACAUAAUUUCGCGUUCGUGACCAUACCUGAGUGCCACUCACCAGCAUUCUUUAAUGGGAUAAAUUAUCUUGUGAGAUCAGGUUAUUAAAAACCGAUCAAGGGAACUCUAAACUCAAUUAAACGUCCCACACCUUUGGCCAUAACCUAUAUUUCUCAUUCAGUCUACUGUCCCCAAAAGCUUCCGCAUGGUACUUUGGUCGAAAGAGCAAGACAAACCGUCGGACACCGACAUGUCAUCGGGGGCGAUAGAGAUGAAGAAGGAGGUGGUGCCGCCGGCGUACCUCCACUCCAACGGCUCCGUUCACCCAGCCAUCCUCACCGAGGACCCCGAGGAGAUGAGACCUGAGGAGAGGGGCGAGUACGAGCUCACGGAGGUGACAUCCGUUGCGGACAGGUCUGGUGAACCAGGAGAUGAGGACCGGGAGAUAGUGGUGAUAGACUGCAGGGCGAACGCCAAGGGCCAGCGCGAGGAGGACGCUCUCCUGGAGAACGCCAGCCAGAGCAAUGAGAGUGACGACAUAAGCACUGACCAGAGCCCAGAGCCACCGCCGCCAUUAAAGGAGACCUCCUUCUCCAUUGGCCUCCAGGUGGUCUUACCGUUCCUGCUGGCCGGGUUCGGGACGGUGGCGGCGGGUAUGGUGCUGGACAUCGUUCAGCACUGGACGGUGUUUACAGAGGUGACAGAGGUCUUCAUCCUGGUCCCGGCGCUGCUGGGGUUAAAAGGCAACCUGGAGAUGACACUGGCCUCCAGAUUGUCCACAGCAGCUAAUGUUGGUCAGAUGGACUCAGCCAAGGACAUGUGGAAGAUGAUUGUUGGAAACCUCGCCCUCAUCCAGGUCCAGGCCACAGUAGUAGGGUUCCUGGCGUCCAUCGCUGCGGUGAUCUUUGGCUGGAUCCCAGAGGGGAACUUUAGACUGGGACAUGCUAUCUUGCUGUGUGCCUCCAGUGUGGCUACCGCAUUCAUCGCCUCUCUGAUACUAGGGAUCAUUAUGAUUGGUGUGAUCAUUGCGGCCAGGAAGGUGGGCAUCAACCCUGACAACGUGGCCACGCCCAUCGCUGCCAGUCUGGGAGACCUGAUCACCCUCUCUCUGCUGGCUGGCAUCAGCACAGGAUUGUACAAGGAGCUAGAGUUUAACGACUAUGCCAACCCGUUGGUGUGUGCUGUGUUUGUGGCACUGACCCCUCUGUGGGUGCUGAUCGCUCGGAGGAUCCCCUCCACAAGAGAGGUGCUCUACUCAGGCUGGGAACCUGUCAUCAUCGCCAUGGCAAUCAGCAGUGUUGGGGGUCUGAUCCUAGAUAAGACUGUGUCCAACCCCAACUUUGCUGGUAUGGCUGUCUUCACUCCUGUUAUCAAUGGUGUGGGAGGUAACCUGGUAGCAGUGCAGGCCAGUAGAAUCUCCACCUAUCUGCACAUGAACGGUAUCCCAAUGGGAGACCCUGACCCCAACCCCAGGAAAUGCCCCACUCCCUGCACCUCCUUCUUUAGCUCCAAUGUGAACUCUCGUUCGGCGCGGGUGCUCUUCCUCCUGGUUGCUCCAGGUCAUCUGGUCUUCCUCUACACCAUCAACUCCAUGCAGGGAGGACACACCACUCUAACAUCCACAUUCAUUGCCUUCUACAUGGCAGCUGCACUACUGCAGGUAUUGAUCCUGUUGUACCUGGCUGACUGGAUGGUCCACUGGAUGUGGAGUAGGGGAAUGAACCCUGAUAACUUCUCUAUUCCCUACCUGACGGCCCUGGGAGAUCUGCUGGGGACCGGCUUCCUGGCCCUCUGCUUCCAUGUCCUCUGGCUCAUUGGAGACAGAGACACCGACGUGGGAGACUAAGCAUACACACAGCUGGACAGUAUACAUACACGGCAUCAACGCCGGAUCACCGGAAACAACCUGAACAACUGAACUGUACAGUAUCUCCCUCUAGACAUCUGAACCACAGAACAGCUGAAUGACUUUCAGACCCAGACCAAACCCCCCUCCCCUCCCUGGGUCGCAGACUACGCUUCUCUUUCUUUAUUUGACUAAAUAAGAGAGUUCUACUACUAUUAUUUUUUAUUAUUAUUACUAUGACAACGAUUAUGAUUAUUAUUGGUAAUAGUGAAUUUGAUAUGAAUCUAUAUCUGUUUUAUCAUUGGGCAGAUUAAUCCUCAUUAUUUUCAAUGGGGACAUUCUCCCUUGGGCCAGUCACGUUGGCCGCAUUUGUAAAGAUGAGAUACAUUUUAAAGACUUGAAAUGAAGACAGACAGCAAAAAAACUCACACAAGCCUAGAAUACUUAAUCACCAAGUGCUAUAUGUAUAAAGAGAUUAAUUAAUUAUGAGAUAUGGGGCCGAUUCCGACCCGAGUUAAGCGCGAGUAAAUGGAACGUAAUUCCCUUUUAAUGCA